GACUCAAAAGAGCGAUUCGGACAUCGCUGCAGCAGUGUUUGGCAGUCAUAUGUCCAGCCCCCUUUUCCUUUCAUCGUCCAUGAGAUCAUAAUGCACCAUAAAAACACUGAAACCCAGCUAUUUACGGAGUGUUAGUUAUAAUCAAAGGAAGGAUUAUGGCUUCAGAAGCGAUGGAAUUGAAUGGAGAUGCUAACAGAAGUGAUUCAAGAGAGAUUCAGGAGAACCCAAAGGAAGAAAGGCAGCAGUCUGAUCGUCCUCGGCAGAGCCACUGGUCAAGGAACACCCCAAUUAACAUGAACCACUAUGCCAAUAAGAAGAGUGCAGCAGAGAGCAUGCUGGAUAUCGCGCUGCUGAUGGCCAACGCCUCCCAGCUGAAGACCAUCCUGGAGCUGGGACCCACAUUCUCCUUCUACAUUCCUCUCAUCAGCCUCAUCAGCAUCUCCCUCAUCCUACAGAUCAUCGUGGGGGUCUUGCUUAUCUUCAUAGUGAAGUGGAAUCUGAAUGACACAAGUAAACACUACAUACUGAAUCUUCUGGAGAACAUCGUCACAGCUCUCGUCUUUGUCAUCGUAGUAGUAAAUGUUUUCAUCACAGCAUUUGGCGUCCAAAGACCAGAGGACACGAAAUCAUAACUGACAACAUGAGUUUAGGAUUUCAUACAAUUAUACAUAUUUGGACAUUUACUAUCAAACAUCAAGCAAGUUGUCAUGACAUAUUCAAAUGUGCCUCGAUGUAAAUAUGCCUUAUGUUUUGCAGAACCUUUUUUAGUCCCAAAAUGAGCUAAUAAAUAAUAUUAAUUUAAUUUGAAAAAUGCAACUACAUGUAAUUAUUUUAUGGGUAAUUGUUUAAUUAUAUAAUUGUUAAAAUGUAUCAAUUGUGAAAUUGGAUUGGAUAGCCUAUUCUAAUCGGAUCAUUACUGAGAUUGAAAAUAAUCAAGACAGAAACUAGUCAGACAAUACCUUUCAAGCCCGAAAUGGAGAGUAGCACCUCACCUCACAUGAGACCUUCAUACUGCCUACCUGAUCACUGUAUCAGCUGUCUAUAUGGGGAAAAUGGACUCAUUUUACGUGUGGUUCAACACAAUGCAACUCUCUUGCACGCAGCACGUUUGUAUUUGUUUUUACUUACAGGUCUAAUUUGUUGCAUGAAUGAUAAAUUGCUUACAAAGUCAAAGAAGUCUAGUAAUUGCAGUGAAGAGUGUUAAAAUCGGCACUUUAGCAAAACUGAUAUUUUUCUUACAAAACUUUGGAAGUGAAGAUUAAGUAUCAUAAAUACAGCACAUUUUUCUUCUUUUAUUAACCCCAAAACGUCAGAAUUUGAUUUUGAGAAUUUGUAUAAGAGCGCCAUCUACUGACUUGGCAAGCAUAUUGCCUUUUUCCUUGAAAUAUUUUUAU